UGUUCCGACUCUUAACGCCUUAACGGACGCUCCGGCAUUCCCCUAAGUGCUGGAAAACGUGAAAAUCAGUAAUUUGAUCUCAGUUUCUUUAUCCAGUAUAGUUUCUCUACCGAAAAACUCAGUAUGAAUUUCUUCUUCUUUAAAUUACUCUCCUGAUUAUUAUUGGUUCAUGUUGUGCUUUUGAUAAACUGAUUUGAGUCACUCGGAUUCUUUUUCAGUACUCAGUUGCUGCUUAGUUCCUACUUUGGUUUCUUCUUGCAUUUAACAUUGAUAAAAAUCUGUCUUUGAUUGUACUAUGUACUUGAAAGAAGGAUGUUCAUUGCUGUUAAAAGUCCACAAAAAGUCUGUUCCUUUAAUCCUCACUGUUGAUAAACUUAAGAGUAAAAUCCCAGUUGAGCUCAAGGAAUCUGAUGUGUUGAAGAGACUGAAAUAUGAAGAAAAUAUUUCCACUGCUUUAGAGUAUUUCAAAUGGGUUACCAAUUCAACAUCUUUCAAGCACACCCCUUUAACAUAUAAAUUAAUGAUGGAAAAACUCGGGCAGCACAAGGAGAUGGACAGUGUUCAGUACCUUUUACAACAGAUGAAAUUGGAGGGUAUUAGUUGUUCCGAGGAUAUAUUUAUCAAUGUAAUCGAUUCAUAUAGGAGAGCAAAGGCGCCAGAGCAAGCGUUAAAGACUUUCUAUAGGAUACAGGAUUUUGGGUGUAAGCCUACGGUCAGGAUAUAUAACCAUCUCUUGGAUGCAUUGCUCAGCGAGAAUAGGUUUCACAUGAUUAAUCCUAUUUACAGUAACAUGAAGAAAGAUGGGGUUGUUCCCAAUGUGUAUACCUAUAACAUUCUUCUGAAAGCAUUGUGCAAGAACGAUAGGAUUGACGGAGCUCAGAAGUUACUUGUGGAAAUGUCAAACAGGGGGUGCUCUCCUGAUGAAGUGAGCUAUACAACAAUUGUUUCUUCCUUGUGUAAGCUUGGUAAAGUAAAAGAAGCUAGAGAAGUAGCGAUGAGAUUUACUCCUACUGCUCCUAUUUAUAAUGCUCUAAUAAAUGGGCUUUGUAAGAUAUAUAGUACUAAGGAGGCAGUUGAUUUGUUGUAUGAGAUGGCUGACAAGGGGGUUGAUCCUAAUGUCAUCACGUACACCAUGAUAUUAAAUGCAUUUGCUGACCAAGGAGAUAUUGGUCUUUCUUUUGCCAUGUUGAGCAAGAUGUUUGUUAGUGGCUGUUCUCCAAAUAUUCACUCAUUUACCUGUUUGAUUAAGGGAAUUUCAUUGAGGGGCAGAUGGCAUGAAGCUCUUUACGUGUGGGAUGGUAUGAUCAAAGAGGGAAUUUCGCCCAACGUUGUAGCAUAUAAUGCACUUCUCCAUGGUCUGUGUUUGGCUGGUAAUAUGAAUAUGGCUCUGUCUGUUUGUAAUGCGAUGGAGAAAAGUGACUGCCAUCCAAAUUCGACAACCUACAGCACCCUCAUUGAUGGCUUUGCUAAAUCUGGAGAUGUGAUUAAAGCAUCUGAGAUAUGGAAUAGGAUGAUAACUCUUGGUUGUCGUCCAAAUGUUGUGGUAUAUACAUGUAUGGUUGAUGUACUCUGCAGAAAUUUCAUGUUUGAACAAGCUUAUAGUCUUCUAGAUAACAUGGUAAUAGAAGAUAUCCCACCAAAUACCAUUACUUUUAAUAAAUUUAUUAAAGGUUUGUGUUUUAGUGGUAGAAUUGAAUGGGCAAUGGUGCUAUAUAAUCAAAUGGAAAGAUUUGGCUGCUCAGGUAAUACUGCCACCUAUAAUGAGUUGUUGGAUGGCUUAUUCAAAUGUAACAACCUUACGGUAGCACUUGAGCUUGUUAGGGAGAUGGAGGAAAACGAUAUUGUGUUUAACUUAGUUACGUACAACACUAUAGCAUCCGGUCUCUGCCAUAUGGGGAUGCUUGAGGAAGCUGAAGAAGUUGUGGCAAAAAUGCUGGUUAGGGGAAUUAAGCCUGAUGUUCUCACGUUCAACAUACUUAUGAAUGCAUACUGUAAGGGUGGUAAGGUUGAAUCUGGAAAACAACUUCUAAAUGCUAUGAGUCCAGUGGGCUUGCAUCCAGAUUUCAUAUCCUAUACUUGUCUGAUAGAUGGACUGUGCAGUUGGACUGGUUUGGAAGCGGCAAUCUGUUGCCUUCAAAGGAUGAUAAAUGAUGGCAUUUCACCCAAGAUAUCUACAUGGAAUGUUCUAGUCCGUCAUUUGUUUAGCAAGAUUGGUUAUGGAAGUGCACUAGAGUAUCUGGAGAGUAUAUUGGCAGCAGAUUGAAGGUGUGAACUUACUUCAGGAGAUUGGAAUGAUUGCACAUAAAAGCUUUACCGUGGAUAUAAAAGCAGUUGUUGCAGUUUAAUCAUGGAGGGUCCAUCUUCGGAACCUUCAUUGAUGAAGUGGCAUUAACAUCUUGGUUUGGAUAUAUGGCUAAUGGAUCCUAAUUUCAUUUGCUGUUGAUUUCAGGGAUUCCAUAGACCCACUAAAAGUUCUUGCAGGUAUUCAAUUGUUAAUAUUAGCUAGGAGAUUAUAAAGCUUAAGCUUGUGAAGAAGUUGUUCGGACUUGGGUGCAGGCAUCCAAUAUGGGUGUAGAUCUAGAGGUCGGAUCCUUCGUGAUCUAAAUAUUAAUUUUCGGGGGUAUGGACCCAAGUAAGGAUACGGGUGGGGGAAUUCCACUAUACCUGAAAAUAGACCUAUUUAAAAUAUGUGUAAAUUAUGAGACAUUAUGUGGAAAAUUUAUAUGUAGCUUGUAUAGUGCAGUAACUCAAUCUUUCAUUCUCAAAUUAUAGGGAGCCAUCUAGAAAUCACAGUUGCUUAUGUCUUGAGAAAUCAAAAUGCCAAAUCUUAUCUCUAAUUUCUUCAUAGUUUGUGAUCAAAGUACCCAAUGUUGACUAACCAAGUCCGGUACGUAUCCCACACUCAUACUAGUGUCAAUGUUGUGUCGACACGGGUAUGACACCACAAAUUAAGAGGCGGUGCAACUUAGCAUGUGAAUAAAACUAAAAUGCAGCAUAGCCCCUUAAACUAGUCUGUACCCUGACAAAUUAGAUAGCUCUAGUAGCAGCAGUAAUGAUUAUAAGGUCACGCAUUAUGCUCUGCAGGUACCUUUUAGUGAUUGGUCCCUCUGCUUCCUAAUCCUCUUGCUGAAAAGGGUGCGUUUCUGGUGUGUUAUUUGCUUUUUCUUCUAACUUGCUUCUUAUUAUAUGGAGCCUGGUAUAUCCUGCUGUUGCACUUCAAUAUUUUGAUACUGAUAGUAAAAUUGUUUAUAUCCAUUCUGUAUCGGUUGGAAGAAGUUUCAUGAGAAACCCCUACCAAGGAUAUAUCUCUUUGGGGCAUCUCAAGGAGUGCAGCGUUGAACCGGGAGCCAUACACAUGAAUUUUUGCAAGAGGCAAUUAUGCAUAGAGUGAGAAGGGGUGAUUUGCUGUAAACGAUCAUGUAAGCCAAAAUCUCAUAUACAACUUCAUCAUUGGCAUUGGCUUAUUCAGUAACAUUACUUGUUUUUUUUCCAUCUUUUGACCCUUUUCCUGUCUGGAAUGCAUCUUUCACGGGAUACGUGUCUUGCAAUUCUGUUCUUAAUUGGAUAAAGCUUGAAAUAGCUGGUGGUACACUAUUCCCGCUUGUGUCUAAUCAGUGAUUUGGAUAGAACGGAACACAAGAUGUUUUGAAGAGAAGCAAAAAUCAGUCCAGACGAUUAAGUUAGAUUGAAUCUUAGUUAAUUCACCUUUGGUGUGAAAAGGAAUAUGCAAUUGAGGUAGAAAUUUUACUCUUUCACGGAGUCCCUCUAGGAUUAGAAGAGGGCUAUGAUUUUGGCUUUUUUUUUUUUUUUUCUGCUCACUUGUUCAGAAACUCCGGCACUGCUUUUGUGCAAAGACGGAAAAGUACUUUCGGCCGGCAGUAGAAGCAGUUUUUCUUCUUUUGCGAAGAAGCAGAAAAUUCUAGCUUCUUCCAAGAAACAAAAGCAGAAGCAGAAAA